AGCUGAUGAGGAUGAGCGAACUCGUCCGUCGUUCAGGUCUGUACCAGAGCCCGGGCACAGAGGGGGAGGGCGAAGAAGAAGGGCUGGAGGAAUCGCUAAUAGCCCCACCAACCACGCCUGCAACCCCCGCAGCCCCGGGUCCUCCGGCUGGCCCAGCUCCGCCACCUGCGCCCGCCCCGAUGAUACCCCGGAGGGUUGCCCCAAUCCAAGCCCAGCAAGAUGCCCUUUUAAAGCGCUGGGGGUUAACCGAAAAAUUUAGCGGGGACCCAAAUGAAGUACCCAAUUUCAUGGCUCAAAUCACCAUAUGCAUGGAGCAGACGGGGCAUCUUUUUGCCUCCGACCGGGAGCGCGCACUCUACAUCUGCAGAGUGUUCACCGGCAAAGCGGGGGAGUGGCUGAUCCAGCUCCGAGCAGCACAAGCGCCAGAACUAAACUACCUGGGUGGGUUCCUAACUGCUCUUCGCAGGAGAUUUGAGGACGCAGGACUAGUCACCCAAGCCCGGGCGCAACUAAGCACGAUGCGGCAGGGAACCCGUAGCCUCGGCGAGUACGUCCUGGAGUUUCGCGGCGUUGCGGGGCUGCUUCCGGAUUGGCCAGAGCAGUUCAAAAUUGACUGCUUCCAGCAAGGAAUGGGUCGUGACCUCUGGAAGUUAGCGUUCGCCUGGGGAGACCCAAAUUCCCUAGAUGGAUGGAUCCAGCACGCGGGUAAUGUCGAAGCCCAGUGGAAAAGAAUAGACCCGGACUUCGGUAGGAGACCCAGCGCCCUGGCGGCGACGUCCCGAAGACAACCAUCGAGAGGAGGAGACGAGAGAUUUCCUAGAGGGGUCAAUCGUGUUUGCUUCCACUGCGGGGAGCCCGGUCAUUUGGCGCCUUCCUGUCCUAAACUGCCACCCAGACGGGCGGGGGAGGCGAAAAAGCUUGCUGGAGCAGCACAAAAGCCCGGCACGAAAGGGAAAAAAGGAACCGCAGCGGCAGGUACGGAAUCGCCGUUCCCAGACCUCAUCAUUUACAAAAAUGGAUUGGUUGGAAAAGAACAAGAGGCAAGCGUCGAGCCCGACAAACCUGCUCACAAACCCAAGGCUGAACCGGAGGAGGAGGAGGACGACUCCGAUGACGAUGAGUCGAUUUUCUUCCGAAUGUAGGAACAUUCGUUCCAUUGGAGGGCGGAAUGUCAGGAUCUACGCAAACCAGAACCUUCAAUUGUUUUUAUUUCACUUUUCUUGCUAACCAAACUUUUGCUUUUACUGUUAACCAUAGAUCAAUAGUGAAAUACUGGGAAUGUUAUUCUAACCGUUUGCUUGAC